UUUUAUUUAGAUGAUUUUUCUAGUAUUAUAAAUAUAAUGAACGAAAAUAAUAUUUGAUUUUAUUUCAUAUAACUAUGGAUGGAGAUACAGGAACUGUGCACGGUAUACGCAAUGUUAGGUAUACACUUGAAAAUGAGAGGAGGACUUUUAGGGCAAUCCAUUUCAAUCGUAAUAAAUACAAAUAUCGAGAGAAGAGACGAAGUCCUGUGAAUGAAGCUUAUGAAAAUAAAGAUUAUAUUACAACGAACGAUUGGCCUUUUAAAUCUCCAGAUUUUGACAGAAAAACAAAUAUAACAUCUAAAGAAUACACAAAAUGUUCGCGUUGCAAAAGACGCUUACGAACGACAUCAAUCGAUUUAAAACCUUUGAAAAGGAUUAUAUCAUCGUGCAGUUUUAUUGGUAAAAGUAAAAUCAAAGGAAUCUCUAUUAGCCCUGGCAAUGUUACAUUGAUAAACAAAAUCGUAUCCAGUGAUGAGAAUGUGAGGAGUCGAGGCGAUAAUGAAGUUAAAGUAUUGUACAAGCGAGACUUUAGGCGAAAGGAAAAUGCCAAACAGAUUAUCGCACCAAGAAGAUCUGGCACCAAAAAUAUAGAGACGGACAAUAGUCAGACAAGUUUAUUCGGUUUCCAACGUUGUAUCCAAAGAAAACGUCAUAUAAAUUAUAAUUUAAGUGUGUUUUAUAAGCUUUUACAUGGUGAUGCGAAACAUCACAAUGUAUUACGUUGUAAACAUUACUCUUUCGAAGAUUUAAAUUUAGAUAAACCAAAGAAGAAAUCGUCUUUCGUAAAAUCUCAGAAUGACACUCCUGCUCAUUACAAUUUAGUAAAUUUCACUCAGCACAGUAGUAUAUCCAACGUGUAUCUACUGAAGCCAAAAUAUUAUAAGAAAUUACAAAGUUUGCGAAAAAAUAAAUCUCCCUUCCGUUGUUUGGACCCCGAUAAGGGAAAGUCUAUUUUGAAAAAGGAGGACGAUCUCCAUAACACAGAUGUGCAAUCAUUUAAAACUAAAAAUAAAGAACAAGAAGUUGAUGCUACAGAUAACUUGACCUCUAAGCCUCCUUAUACGGGGGUAACAGGCGUUAGUAUUUGUAAACCAGCUGCAAAGAUAAGCAACACAUGUUUACAAGUUAAACCCAAAAUUAGCACUAGCCGAAAAUGCUCCAAAAAAUCAGUUGAACUGUUCAAUUUUUUGCACGCUGCAAUGAAAUAUCUUCUUUUUAUCAUGACUUUAAUCAUAUGGUUUCCUUGCAUUUUAGUUUUAGGUCUUGGAUGGUUAAUUUCCUAUCCUUGCCGGCCUCAUAAAGAAUCAUGUAGUUCAAAAGGCACUAGAACAAAGAGAAGAAGAAAAAGUAUAGCGAAGAAGAAGAAAAGGAAAGAUAAACCUCGUCAGCACACUAAAAAAGAAAUAAAGUGUAACGUAUCCGAGGAGAAGAAGAAACAAAAAGCAUCAUUAAAGAAAAAGAAACCAGCAACUUCAAAUUCCAAGAAAAAGAAAGGCCUAGGCAAAAAAUGUUCAAAAACUUGUUCGGACUGCACACAAUAUACUGUAACGCCCACCGGAUUCUAUGUUCCUGAAAGUACCACAACUGUAGCGAUGUUUCCUAAUGAAGAAAUCGGUUCAUGUAUUGGAAAAAAAAGACAAAAAAGUGUGAGCUUUAAACAACCUUGUGGAAGGUCAAGUGAAACCUACUUAAAAAUAAGCAAAAAUCAAGUCUGUAGUGGGUGUCGGGAUAAAAACGAACAGUCAAUCGACAUCUGUGAUGAUACGAACGAAGACGAAGAAGAUUUGGAUCAUAAAUCUGAUUUUAAUAAUCAAUGUCAAGCUAUUGUAAUCAAAAGUUGUAAAGGUAAACGCAAUCGAAGAAAAGUUGAGGUGUGUGUACCGAAAUCUUUAUCAAAAUUACUUCAAUCAGCUCUUCGUGGAAGUUGUUCGACUACAAAUCAAUUUGCAAAUGUUCGUAAAUUGCCUAAAAUCAAAAGUUGCAAUAGCACAGCGGCGGCAUGCAUUGCCUUCAAGAAAAAAAGGAAAUGCUUAAGUCGACAGUCUAAAUACAUUAUGCACAAUUUGAAAAAAAAUCUAGAAGUUUCCCGAUCAUCAGUCACAAGAUGUCUUCCAUCACCAUGUCCAGGUGGCUGUGCUGCUAAAGCUGCUCGUAGACAGGCCGCUAUAGCUGCUCGUAGACAGGCCGCUGGAGGAGGCGAUGGUAAAAAACGCAAGAAAAUUAAACAGUCGAGAAAAAAAAGAAAAUGCCGGAAACCAAAAACUGUUAUGAAAUUCCUACCACCACCGCCUCGCAAGAGUUGUUCUGUAGGCAGUAAUAUUUCUUUACCUCAACGUACUUCAAAAACUAAAUCACUACGACGUUGCAAUCGCAUGACUUGUGAUAGACAACCAUUAAAAGUUGUAUCUGUGAGCAAGAUGUAUGCUCCUGUUCGUCCAGAAGUACGUACAAUAUCAAGUAAUACCAUGAUGUUACAAACUUCUAGUUUUUUUAAAUCGCUUAAAAAAAAGUGUGGUAAGAAACGUGAGAAACGUAUAUCUGUUAAGAAAUUUAUUACAGUGCCUUGUCCGAAAAAUCGUCACUUCUCUAGUAACACUCGAUUAGAAAAACCUAAAAAACCACGCAAGUCUACUACCGUCGUGAAAUUCUUUCCUCUGCCACAUCAUCGUUUAGUUCAUUCAUCUGUUAACACCAGAAAACUAAAGUUACCAUCAUCGUGCAAAAAAGUAAAAUCUAAAUCUAGCUCUGCUUGUUUGUCACCACCAAGUAAGGUAAUAAAUUUUUUCCCAAAACCCUGUUCAAGCACUAUAGCCUGUAGUACUUGUGAAAUAAUAUUACCUAUAGAGCCAUUAGAAAAACAGCCAAAACAGCCAAAGAAGAAGAAGCCUCCACCUCCAAAAGAUGAUUGCAACGCAGUAGGCCUAAUGUUAGAAGGUCGAAAAUCUUAUGAUAAAAGACAUUCACAGGAAAUGUUAGCAAAAAAACCCGCCCGAAUUUGUAAAUUUUUCCCAGCCCCACGAUGUAGUACUCGAACAUUAGCUGUUGGAGCAUGUAUUAAAGACGAAAUAAAACUACCUAGUAAGUCUAGCAAGUCAACGUCUUUUCCACAAAAGACAUUAUUUAGGUCUCUUUCUGUUACAACAGGCACAAACACAUGUAGUGCCGCUCCAACACAAAUUAUAAAAUAUAUAAAAAGUCAUAAGACUAUUAUGCAUCGCGGUACAGUGCCCCAAAAAUUUAAGGGAGACAUAUUUUCAAAAACCGACCCAAAACAUGCAGAUAAAUCAAAAAAUCUAAAAAAACCUGAGAAAUCUGGUAGUACAACAGGAAAGCAACCAUGUGUUCCACCAGGAACGAAACGCGGCACAACACCAGGAAAUAAACCUGAUACUAAACCAGGCACGAAACAAAGUCACGAAGGAGGAAGCCUAAAAAAACGCAGUACAGGGUUUAGUACAAAACCCAUUCAGACAAGAUCCAGAAAAGUAAUGUUACAAACCACCUAUCCAGUCAUCAGGUUUCAACCAAGGUCACAGGUUGUGACAUGUACCCGUGGAGUUAAUACGAGAAAAGCCGAAUGGUGUUUCAUAACUGGAUACCGAAGAUUUCAACAAAAGAGGAAAAUAAGAAAAUUACGUAAGGCAGCUGAUGAGCAGCGCAAAAUCUUGAUUUGUAAGAAGUCAGGUAAAAGUCCUGGAACGUCUCAAUCUUCUCGGAGUUCACCUCGAAGUUUAACUGCUAGUCCAACUCCAGGCUCGUCCCAAAGUGCAUUGCAAGCUAAGAAACGUGCGGAACGGGCAAAGCAACUGGCCAAAGAAAAAUCUAAAAGUAAAAGUAAGGCUGAGACAUUGGCAAAACAAAAGAAGGAACGAGAUAAGGCACUUGCUAAGCAAAAAGCUAAACAGCGUGCUGAGGCACAAGCUAAACAGAAAGCUAAACGACGAGAUUCAACAGCCUCUGCCGCAAAAGAGAAAGCGAAGAAAGAAGAGCAAAGUAAGGCACAGUCUAAACAAAAAGCUAAAGAACGUGCUAAGGCAUUAGCUAAGCAAAAGGCUAAAAAUCGAGCUAAGGCAUUGAAAGCUCGAGAUAAAAAACGCAAGGCAAAAAGUAAAAAGAAAGGAAAAAAGGCCUUUAAAAAAAAUGCUGGAAAAGUUUUCAAGCAACUGACACCAUCUGGUUAUAAUGUAAAAUGUGAAGACAUAAUUGCUAAACCGAAUAGACCUUGUAAAUUUAUUUAUGACAUUUGGCCCUCUGCCUACCCAGCAUUUUUGGUUUUGUAUAAAAUGUACAACAGUGUUUGUCAUCUUUUUUUCUUUGUACUUGCAUGUUGUAUAUGGAGCCCACUUUUUUGUUGGUGUUUUAUAUUUUACUUCUUAAUAAUUAAAAGAAUGUUUUGUUAAUGGAAAGUUUCACUACUAAAACUA